AUGGCAUCCGCCGUAUCCCCAUCGAGCUCUCCUCGGCUUCCCAGCCCCCCGCCGAUCGCAGAAGACCAGCUUGGUCCUAAGUCGCCUAUCGCAGGGUCGGAAGAGCAGCAGAAGCUGUUCAGCAGCCUGGACCACGGUGCAUCGCGAAGGAUACGGCCUGGCACAAAAGCGGAGGAUAUGGCUGAAGGCCCACCGCUGGUGGACUUGUCCGAGGUAGACUCAGCAUUCCAAUUGACGGAGCAUCUGAAAGCCCUUCACAACUUCCUCACACAUCCCCUCGGCUCGAACAGCACAAUACCGGUGGACAGAGAGAUGGCACAUAAGCUCGCGCAACCACCGGAGAACAUCGACAAGACGCUAUGGCUUUACGAGCUGUGCCGUUUCCUCACGCAGAAGGUCAACUCCAUCAUCAUCGCCCUAUUUUCCGACAACCCGCCGUGCUCUUCCAUAACCUGCCCGGAGAUGCGCGCGUCCGAAUGGCAGUACCUCUGCGCCGUCCACGAUCCGCCUAAGUCUUGCUGUGCCAUUGACUACUGCUGCCACACGUUGGACUGGGCGGCGAAUACCUUGACGUCGCCGAAGAACUUCCCGUCGAGGCUAGCUAUGGGCACCGACCAGUCGACACAGCACCAGCAGAUACGGAACUUGACCAACAUCUUCAGGCGCGUGUAUAGAAUAUUCGCACAUGCCUGGUUCCAGCACCGCGAAAUGUUCUGGAAAGUAGAAGGACGCACGGGAUUGUAUAUCUUGUUUAAGACCGUAUGCGAUGUGUAUGGCCUGAUACCUGAAGACAAUUAUACCAUUCCACCGGAAGCGGAAGGCGCAGAGCCGUCCACGGCCACGGCGCCCAUGCCCCCGCCCUUGAUCCUUAAGCGGGAACCAUCUGGGCCCGGGCCGCUAGAGUCGGAUAACUCCACGGUGAUCGAAGGGGGUGACCAUACUCUGUCGACAGCCGGGACCACGAAACGACAUCGGCACUCACCGUCCGUAGGUGCCACGUCUGUCUCCACAGUCGUGGAGGAGAAUGAAGAAGAGGCGCAGGAGGAGGAUUCAGCCAAGGAAGAACCUCCUACCCCUGCUUCUCACAUGGACCUGGCAUCUGAGAUCUCAGAUACCCCUGCCGAAGAUACCUCACCACCAGAGGAGCCGAAGAUAAGCGAAGAAGCCGAAUCUACAGACGAAGCCGAGCCUGCGGCUGCCGAAGCCUCCCAAGAUGCUGGCGAACCUGAAAAGCAAAGUGCUAGCGAGGACCAUUCUGAGCCCGAGAAAGACGGCAAAGAGGCCGACGCAGCCGCGGAGAGCGCUACUGCAGAAGUAGCGGUUCCUGACGAGAAGACCGCGGAGGAAGUCGAGCCAGAGGCGGAGGAGAAAUCAGGCCCGGCCGAUCCGGAGAAGGCGGAGAAGGACGAGGCUACUGCAGAUCCAGAUAAGUCCGCCGAAAGCGAGUAG